AUGAGUAUGAACUACGCGUCUGCGGCGCCCACGCAGAGGUCCACGUCGUUUUUCAUUGAGGACAUCUUAUUGCACAAACCUAAGCCGCUGAGAGAGGUCAUCCCCUCGCCGUUCUGCGGGACCCUCGCCUCCCGGAUGCCCAUCCUCGAGUACGGAUACCCGCUGAUGCCGACCCCGAUACUGGCGCCGCAUCCGCACCAUCCUCUCCACAAGCCGGAGCAUCACCAGUACUUCUUCACAUCUGGGAUGCAGAUGCCGGCCCUGUUCCAGCACCACGCGGAGCUACCGGGGAAGCACUGCAGACGCAGGAAGGCCCGGACGGUGUUCUCCGACUCGCAGCUGUCCGGCCUGGAGAAGAGGUUCGAGAUCCAGCGGUACCUGUCCACCCCGGAGAGAGUGGAGCUGGCCACGGCGCUCAGUCUGUCCGAGACACAGGUAAAAACGUGGUUCCAGAACCGGCGGAUGAAGCACAAGAAGCAGCUGAGGAAGGCGCAGGACGAGCGGAAGACGCCCGGCGAGCUGGAGCGCUCCGCGGAUAACUCGAGCGAGAGCGAACUGAACGACAAGAGCGCGGAGGAGCUCAAACACGGACUGGAGGCGGACUCGUACAUGCUGGACGAGAACGACGACGACGACGUGGACAUCGAGGACGACAUUUGCUCCCCGGACCAUCUACUAUAG